AUGGCUUCAGCAAUGUUGCCAGGGAAAGCAGAGAAGAGAAUCGCUUCAUCCAUUUUCAUCACCCUCGUGCCACCACGGAGGGACGUGGCCACCAAGGAGAAAACCCAACGGGAGCUGCAGCCAGAAACCCACCCGGUGGCCCCUGUACCUGCACCCCCACCAGUCCUGCCCCUCUCUGAAGUGCCCCAGCCCUUGUCUGUGGAGCCGCUGGGUCUGGCACUGCAGCAACUGGACCUUGCAGCGCCCGCCACCCUCCAGGCCCCUUCCACCUUCCCUGCUGAAUUGAAGCUGCCCACAUUUUCCCAGGAGCAAGCAGGCAAGCGGCAGUGGCAGGAUGCAAAUGGGCACCCGGGGAGGGACAGCUCCAGAGACAUCUGUGCCUUCUGCCACAAAGCGCUGGGGCCCCGGGAGCCGACGGUGGAGGCGAUGCGGAAGCAGUACCACCCUGAGUGCUUCACCUGCCGUAUGUGCCACCGGCUCCUGGCUGGGCAGCGCUACUUCCAGAGAGACGGGUGCCCCACGUGUGACACCUGCUUCCAGGCCACGCUGGAGAAAUGUGCCAAGUGCCAGGGGCUGAUUACGGAGCACAUUGUCCAUGCCCUGGGCAAGGGCUACCACCCCAGCUGCUUCUCCUGCGCUGGCUGUGGCCGGGCCAUCGGCACCGAGAGCUUUGCUGUGGACAAACAGGGUGAUGUGUACUGCGUGCCCGACUACUACAGGAAAUACGCCGCGGUGUGCAGCGCCUGCGAGCGCCCCAUUGUCCCCCGCGAGGACGAGGACACCUACAAGAUCGAGUGCCUGGGACGCAGCUUCCACGAGAGCUGCUACCGCUGCGAGAGUUGUAGGAUGCCCCUGUCACCGGAGCUGACAGAGAACGGGUGCUACCCCCUGGACGACCACCUCCUCUGCAAGUCCUGCCACAUCCACUGGCGCAACGAGUCGUCCUGCUGAGACCCUGCAGCUCAUCAAGAUCUUCCAGUGCACCAAAAAG